AUGAAGAGCAGCGAUGGAAACCGAAUCAGGUUACAACCAAUGUGGAGAAAAGUUGCCUAUGGGGGAAGGCAGUCAGGAUAUGAUGAUAACUACACCGACGAGUCCUUCCUCGAGGAGAUGGUUAUGAAUGCCAAUGUCGUCAAGAGGGACCUUCUGAAAGUGAUGAUCGACUCUGUCUCCAUAUCGCAGUAUCUCUGCAUCGUCUCUCUUGUGGUUUCUACAUGGAUCCUAACGCUGAACUUGAACAUUGAUGAAUCUACUCUUCUCAAACUGGAUGUUGGUCUUCUCCUUGUUGGGUUCUCGGUCCUCUUGCUCACAACUUGUCCAUUCUCAUUGAAGCUUCUGACAAAGUAUGUCCUCAAUAUAUCAUUCUUCAUAAGUGGUCUUUAUAUUCUUGCACCAAUUUAUCAUACCCUCACAAGGUCCAUCAGUUCAGAUUCAAUAUGGGCCCUUGCUGUAUCUCUUCUGCUGGUUCAUCUUUUCUUGCAUGAUUAUUCUGGUUCAACGAUAAGGCCUCCAGGUGCAUUGAACAAUCCAAAGUUAACUAGCAACAUCUCCUUGAAUGCAUCGAUAGUAGCCUCUGUCCUUGUGGCUUCGCGGCUUCCAUCAAGGCUGCACGUCUUUGCAAUCAUGUUGUUCUCCUUGCAAGUCUUCCUCUUUGCACCCCUCAUUACUUUCUGUGUGAAGAAAUACCACUUUAGGCUUCAUCUGCUAUUCUCCUUUGCGCUGAUGGCUGUGGCCCUGAGUGUCACAUACCAGUUGCAUCGAAUGUUCUUCACUGUGCUAUUGGCACUUCUUGUUUUUGUCUCAAUCGUUUGCCCUUACUGGCUUAUAAGGAUUCAGGAAUACAAGUUUGAGAUCAAUGGCCCCUGGGAUGAAGCAAAACUCUGCUUUGAUAUAACUGAAUAG